UCCCUCUCCACCGUGCUCACCGCAUUUGCUAUAGAAUCAGCACAGGCCACUCUUUUUAUUUUAUUUGUAUUUUUGGGGGGGGGGUCACAUGUGGUGUUUGUGGACUGGAAUUAAGAGGGACAGCUGGUUAUAGGGCAUCUGGAAACGGCUUUGGAGAAUGCGGGAAGACGACUCCUCCCCAAUGGACAGUGCGGGGAACAGUGAGGAGGAGACCGAGCGGCAGCUACCGAGGAGGGGCGCCAGGAAGCGGCGGGCGGCGACGCGCAGGGGCGCGGACGAACUGGACGUGGAGAUUCCCAAGAAAAGAUGCAGAAAGAGCUGCGGCCGUGGAGGCGGUGCUGCCAGUAGCGGCGGCGGCAGCGUGGGAAGCGAAAGCAGCGAGGCCAGCAGCAGCAGCCCCGCUCGCUCCAUCGACGAUCUGCAGAACCAGCGCGUCAUGGCCAACAUCCGAGAGCGCCAACGCACGCAGUCGCUCAACGAGGCCUUCACGUCGCUACGGAAGAUCAUCCCCACGCUGCCGUCGGACAAACUCAGCAAAAUACAGACGCUCAAGCUGGCCGCCCGCUACAUCGACUUCCUGUGCCAAGUUCUGCAGAGCGACGAGUUGGACGCGCGGGGGUCCAGCUGCAGCUACGUGGCGCACGAACGUCUCAGCUACGCCUUCUCGGUGUGGAGGAUGGGGGACGCCUGCUCCGUGUCGACCACAAGCCUCUAGUGGGGCUGCACUGGAUGGGGCAACAUGAUGAUCCACUUUGAAGAACUAGUGGCUCAGUCCAACUCUCCUAACAAAACUGAACCAUGGAAAAGUGCAGCUGAGGCCCAGCUGCUGAGCUUCAUUCCUGCGAGGAGAGCGGGAUGUGCGAUAUUUCCCGUUGCAGGGACUGUUGUGUUUGCAAGGGAGCACUUAUAGGACAAGACGGAUAUGAAGAGAGACCACUGCGACUUUAUGAAUGUUGUAAAAACAAAAUCAGCUCAGAGGAACUUGCUCUGUUUUGAAACGAGAGAAACAACACAAUUCCUUUUACAUUCCUCGUGACAAUGUUUCACAGCAAAUGGAUUAUUUGUAUUUAUUUUUCUACUGGUGAGAAAUCCAUUUUCCCCAAUCAAAUAAAGUUUGAGAUAUUUAUUUUGGGGUAUCACAGAAUGCUGAAUUGAGCUGUAGUCUGCACAUUCUGAACAUUGUAAAUAUUCGGUAAUAAACAAAUAAAAGUAACUUCCUGGGAAGUAUU